AUGGCCCAAGCUCCCAACCCAGCCACCCCUCUGUGGCGGUCUUCACUGGCCAAACGGACCCGCUUUUCAGGGGCUGAAGUCAACCUGAGCAAGGAAGGCGUGGUGGAGGUGCUCCUGCCGUGGGUCACACCGUUUCCCCAAACGCUCCUUCGCUUUGGGGCCAACAGGCCAAACGCAGCAGGCCAGGUCCAAACGACCUCCAUCUGGCCCCCCUUUCGUUUUUCGUGUCUGACUCUCCGCAACAACAACAACCCUCGCAAAUCCGUCGCCGCCCGCGUGUCCCAAACACGAACGACUCUCUGUUUCGUCCCUCCCUUCGUCGCGCCCGUCGGCCUCGCUCUCGUGUUUCUUUCGUGUCCCUUCGAUUGCAGCGACAUCGCAGACCAGCCAGCAACCCGACGAACCCCCCUGUUCGACUUUCAUCAGAGACUCAACUCCGACACUCUCACAGCCACAUCGUCUCGUAUUGCUGCAUCUAUCUGUUUUACGACCCUCCGCGUCGCUUCGUUGUCUUGCUGCAUUUCAAAUACCAGCCUUUGCUCGCCUCGUUUCAAGCCGCGUCCUGCCAACGACUGA